AUGGCGGAGGACGGGUUCCUCGCCAAGUACGCUUUCCCAACCGAGUCUUCGAUGGCCAACCUGGAUUCGGCGAAGUACGUCUACAACGAAGCCCUGAAGGUUUUGCUGACCAAUGGCACCACCACGGCGCUGAUUUACGGAACAACGCAUCUCGAUGCUUCCAAGGCCGUGGUCGAAGCCGCCCUGGCCCUUGAGGGCCCCCGCGCAUUUGUGGGCAAAGUCUGCGCGGAUAGGUACUGUCCUGACGCACUGGUUGAGACCACGGCCUCUUCCCUGCGGGACACAGAAGAUUUCGUCAACUUCACCCAAAAGGUUGCCAGACAGUCGCCAGAGGAGCAGAAGCCGCCCUUCCUAGUGCAGCCCGUCAUUACUCCGCGGUUUUUGCCAACCUGCUCCCCGGAGCUGCUCAAGGGGCUGGGUGAACUGGCUGCCAAGUACAACUGCAUCAUUCAGAGCCACAUGAGCGAGUCGGUGGAUGAAGUCGCCUUUUCUUCGCAGCUCUUCCCUGGCAAGACGGAUGCCCAGGCCUUCGAUGACUUUGGGCUAAUGAGAGGCCCGUCUGUCAUGGGCCACUGCGUGCAGCUUCAGAAGGGGGAGGAAGAGCUGAUGAGGCAGCGGGGAGCCGCCAUCGCCCACUGCCCGCUCUCCAACUUCUUCUUCGCCAAGGGCGCCUUACCAGUCAAGCAACUCGUUGCUAGGGGCGUGAAGAUUGGCCUGGGCACGGACGUCGCCGGUGGCUACUCGCCAUCCAUGCUCUCUUCCAUGCGCGCGGCUGUGCUGGCCUCUAAGACCCUCCAGUUCUGUCAUGUCCCCAAUGGUGCCCUGGAAAAGUUCGGCCCGGCCGACGAACAAAAAGACGGCGCUGAACACGAUCUGAAUCACUUCCAUGCGCUCUACCUAGCCACAUUGGGAGGCGCGAAAGCUCUACACAUGGAGGCUCUGCUGGGCAGCUUCGAUACUGGCAAGUGCUUCGAUGCUGUUCUGCUGAUCCCGAGCCCUGUGGCCCAGAGGCUUGGCGCUUCUGACGACCGAGAGGACAUGCUCCAGAAGAUCAUCACCCUUGGAGACGAUCGAAACGUCCGGGAGGUCUUCGUGAAUGGUCGGAGUGUGCACAAGCUAGACACCCCGCCAGCUGCCCAAAGGGGCGGCUAUGCGUAG